AUGAGGUUUGAGAACAUCCUUGAGGACAUUAAUGGAUUUGGAAGAUUUCAGAUAAUGAUCAUUGUAAUCAGCUUCAUUGGCCGCUUCACACUGCCUUGCCACUUCAUGCUAAACAACUUCAUAGCGGCUGUUCCCCCUCAUCACUGCGACAUCAGCUCUCUGGAUGAUGGAGAUCUUUUUAGGAAUUUAUCGCAGGCCGAGAGGCUUGUUGUCAGUAUUCCAGUCCAGGAGGAUGGGACUCCAAGCUCCUGUCAGAUGUUCACAGAGCCUCAGUAUCAUCUGCUGCACAACCCCUCCAACAUCACUGACCUACCCACAGUGCUGUGCCAGAAUGGAUGGGUAUACGAUAACACCACCUUCAAAUCUACUCUGACUUCACAGUGGGACCUGGUGUGUGAUAGAAGAGGAAAAAACAAAGCAACUGCUACCAUCUUCUUCAUUGGAGUGAUGUUUGGAGCUAUGACCUUUGGAAGUUUGAGUGACAGGUUUGGCCGAAGGAUCAUGCUGCUGGUGUCCUAUGUGUCUGGAAUGCUGUUUGCUGUUGCAAGUGCUUUUUCUUCAUCCUAUGUGAUGUUUGCAGUGCUGAGGUUCUUCACUGGGUUUUGCAUCACUGGCAUCGUCAUUGUCUCAGCAGUGCUCAGUGUGGAAUGGGUGGACGUUCAGCACAGGAAACUAGUGGGAGUGGUCGACAGCUUAUCAUGGACAUUUGGGAACACAGGAUUUGCAGCAAUUGCCUACUUUGUGACUGACUGGCGGUGGCUGAUUGUUAGUGUCACAUCACCUCUAAUCUUGGCCAUUAUCACCUGGAGGUGGAUGCCAGAGUCUGCUAGGUGGCUCAUUGCCAACGGAAAGCUGGAACAAGCACAGAUGUAUCUGAAAAAAUGUGCCAUGAUGAACCAAACAGAGGAGUCAAUUCACACACUUAAAACUGAGACACUAUCCACUAUUAUUGUGACAGAGAAAAGAGAUCAGACCUAUUCCUACCUCGAUCUAAUACGAACACCAAAGAUAAGGAAACUGGCCCUGCGCACUGGUAUAAUUUGGUUUUGUGUAGCUACUACAUUUUAUGGUAUCAGCUUCAACAUCACAGGCUUUGGGCUCAAUAUCUAUCUCACUCAGUUUACCUAUGCUCUAAUUGAGCUCCCAGCCAAAAUAUCAGUUUACUACUUUCUGGAUAAGAUAGGCAGGCGAAGCACUCAAGUGGGAUCUCUUCUCUUGGCUGCCAUCUGCCUUGGAAUCAAUAUUGUGGUACCUAAAGAUAUGUCUGUGGCCAGAACAGUGGUAGCAGUCAUUGGAAAAGGGUUUUCCUCAGCAUCUUUUGCAACUGUUGUGCUCUACAGCUCUGAGCUCUAUCCCACUGUUGUAAGGCAGAAUGGUAUGGGCUACAACUCCUUCAUGGCUCGACUCGGCGUGGCUGUGGCUCCUUUGAUCCUCUUACUGGAUGACACCUGGAGGGAACUGCCACAAGUUGUCCUGUGCUCUGCAGCUGUUCUUGGGGGAAUAGUGGCAAGAAUGCUGUCAGAGACACGCAACAGGUGCCUGCCAGAGACCAUAGAGGAUAUUGAACAGCACUGGAAGUAA